CUGGCGGUCACAUGGGCCAAGGUGGAUUGAACUGCGAGCGCUGACAGCUUGGAGACCUUUAAAGUUCAGCUCCGUUUCUGCAGGAAUUUCUGCUUCUCCGCCAGAAAUGCCUAACUUUGCAAGAUGGAGUGUUGGCGCCCCGCCUUCUUCCUCUGCUUUUGUCCAGCCUUUUUCAACGAGGCUCCGAUUGGGUCGGUGACGUGCUUGUCCUACCGCGGGUCCAAUCGCAGCAGGCUUGCUUGCCAACGAGCGAACCGGGAACUUGCAACAAGGGCGUAAAGAAGAGAAUGGCUGGUGACUAUGAUUUGUUAAAAAGUCUGCAGAAUAACUUGGAAGAACUGAACCAUCUUCGGGCAAAAUACUUAACAUCAACGAAACGUCCAUCAUCUGUUGGGAUUAAAUCGUUUUUUUGUGAUCAACAGCAACUGCCAGGGGAGAAUAUGAACAUCCAGUCAUUUGCUCCUAGGAAGAGUAUUCGCCAUCGUAAUCCAUAUUGGCCUGAUGAAGAAAUACGGACCUUCAUUGAGAUCUGGGGGGAUGACGAAGUCCAAGCCUCACUGGCCACCAACUUUCGCAAUGAGGCACAGUAUGAAUGGAUCUCUGAUAGGAUGCGAGAGUUUGGCUAUGACCGGGAUAUGAAGCAGUGUCGCUUGCGUGCCAAGGAGCUUCGGCGAGGAUACAAGGCAAUUGUUGGUGGAAAUAACUCUUCUGUGAGUGGUCAACGGGCCUUGCCAUUUUAUGAUUCCUUGAACAGUUUCCUGUGCAUGCACAAGGGUCUUGUGGUAUCCAAAGUUUCUCUAUCUAUAGAUAGGAGGAAUCGCGAAGUCCAAAAGUUGGCCUUGGAGCAAGAAAAAAAUGAAAAGCUAAGUGUUGUCUUGGUUUCUGAUGAUGAUGAAGCAUCCAUCCCAGAACCUACAGAUGACUCCAAUUUUCAAGAUGCACAGACGGAUUCCGAACCUGUACAUGCCCAGUCUCCAGGUGAUGAAUGGGAACCACAUGGAGAAGAUGGCCUUCUUGCAGGAGAUGUGGGUUCACCUAGUUUCCCUAAUACAAGAGGAGAUGGUCAUUCCGUCAGUUCAGGCCCAUCCGGCAGUUUUUCCAGGGCAUCCCUGGUUGAUGCUGACAGAAUAAGCAACAACCACUGGAAUAGGAAACAGAGGAGAAAAACUGAAACUACUUCAGACAUAGUAGAUGCCAUUUCCCAAGUGGGUGACAGACUGGUAAACGCUCUGUCUGAUUUGCACUCAAAACACAGCGAAACCUCAGAACUUGCACAGAGUAGAGCAUGUGAUUCCCAUAAAGAGGAAUUUACCAUACUUGCCAAUCAUAUAAAUCAGGCUUCUCAAAACGUGGACAAACUGAUUGCUCUCAUGGAGACGUCUACCAGGAGGAUAGCAGAUGCCAUGGACAGACAGACAGUUGCCUUGGAGAACCUGGCACAAUUGUUUGCUGCAAGAGCACCAGCAAUUUCAGUGCCCUUGGCACCCCAGGAGCAGUCUAUGAUGGUGCCUACUCCCAGAAUUUGUGUAUCAGUCCCAGUAGAAUUAUACAAUACUGUGAACACUUUAACAGGAAAUUGCACUUCUAAUCAGAAAGCACAAGAUUUGCCUGCUGAAGACUGUCAACCAGUGGCAAAGAAAAUAAAAACAGAAGACGACUUAUUAUAAUCUGUUCAGAAAUCCUCAGAUGUUCUGUUCUUCUCUCAUAAGAUGAACAUUUGUCCUUAUUUGCUCAUUUUUUCAAAGGCAAUGGGGGGGGGAGAAGAAAUCAGGAAUAGAUGGUAUAAAAAAUAUUGUGGCUUCUUUAUUUUUUUUAAUAAAAAGAUUUGUAGCUAGACCAGUAUAUUUGUAGGGGGAUUUAUAUAUAGUUUGGAAGGACGAAUGCUGCUCGUUAUGAUGAAAUUGUACGGUUCAUUGCCAUUCCAUUCUGUAGAUUUCUGUUCUGCUGCUUAAGCACGCAAUAAGCUGUUGUCCUGUACACACUUACUUGGACAUAAAAUACUAGGUUUUAUUUCAGAUUGUGAUUGUGGUCAGGAUGUUGGCUUUGGACCUGAAGAACAUAUUCAGUAAGCACAGCCAUGAACAUGUGAUGUUUUUAGUAGAUUAUACUGAGGCACAAUUUUUUGAUCUCUAGAUGGGUAAUACAAAAUUACAUCAUUUAGUCAUUCAAAGAUAAACCAUUUUUAAAAGUUGUAAAUCAUGCACAUUUUCACUGGC